GGUUGUACCUCAAACCAUUAGAAACCCCAAACCUUUUUCCGCAACCCAAUCACCACCACCAUAGACUAACUCCCAUUUUGGUGAGGCUUUACUAAGUGCUCCGGACCGAAUUUGCCAGUUCUCGUGUGGAGUGUCGGCUUCUGUCGAGCCCACCCACUUCCCAUCUCCACACAGCCGUGUUUCUGAUUUUGAGUCAGACUCAAAAGCUUUCGCCCCUUCCGACCAUCGUCAGAGCACCCCGUAGACUGCCGCGUCUAGAUAUAGUUUCGUUGAGGCGGCGAAUCGGCUUGUAACGAGAAUUACCGCACAAUGUCGGUCUUGAUGCGCUUCUGGGGCGUGGAGGUGAGGGCGGGCGACAAGGUGGAGGUGGAUCCUCGUGAGAUCGCGGACUACGUGCACAUCACGCAGGUGGCUCUGGGCCCCUCCCCAAAGGCAGGGGAAAGAGUGGCCGUCACUAUCACCACCGCCCCACCCACUGAUGACAGCGACGAUGAGAUGCGGGAAGAUGAGGAGAAGAAGAACGUGAAUGGGGGGGGUGCGGAGGGGUUCAGUGCGGUGGUGGCGGUUUUGCAGGCGGGGGAGAGGGAGCAGGCGGGCGUGCAGAUGGUGUUGGAGAGGCCCUUCUCGCUGUCGCACGGCGGCACGGGCAGUGUGUUCCUGAGCGGGUACAAGACCAUGCAGGAGUACCCCGACGGGGGAGAGGCUGAGGAGGACCCCUUUGCUGAUGAGGAGUUGGAGGAAGAGGAGGAAGAAGAGGAGGAGGAGGAUGAGGAGGCAAUCGAGAGGGAGGCAGCGGCGGAGAUAGCAGCGCUGCAGGCGGAGCUUGCUACUAGGAAAGCGAGCAAGGCUCAGAAGGCAGCGGCAAAGCUGGCAGCCCUCACUCCAGGAGCAGCAGAGAAAGAAGCCGGAGAGGGGAGCAAGGGAGGAGCGGGGGCAACGGGGACAAAGGCAGGGGUUGCAAACGGUGGUGAUGGGAAGAGGAAAGCGGGGGAGGUUGAGGCGAGUCCAAAGGGGAAUGGGGUGGAUGGGGAGGGGGAGGGGACUCCGGGAGGGGAGGCGGGCGAGGGGAAGAAGAAGAGAAGAAGGCAGAAGCAGGGGAAGGAUGGAACUCCGGCCAAGGAAGAGGCAACGCCCACCACACCAGCAACCACCCCAGUGCCCCGCGCCCCGGCACCCACCCCAGCCAAGCCAGGGCCCAACCCCCCCACACCCAGCUCCACCCUUGCCAAGGCUGCUUCUGCUCUCGCUAAAGCGGCUCCUGCCGCCUCCCCUGCUACAGCGGCAACACCUGCCAAAGUAGCUGCACCUGCGAAGGCUUCAACGCCAGCCAAAGCAGCCCAAGCAGCCACCAAAGCUGCCAAAGCAGCCACUCCAGAUGCCAAUGUGGUCUGCGGAACCUGCAACAAGAAGUUCAAGUCUGGCGAGGGCCUCAAGCAGCACAUGCUGACGAAGCAUGCCGCAUCAUAGCAGCUUGGUAGCUCAAAGUUUUCUUUUUUAAUAUAUGGACGGCCCCUUAGGCCCCUUAUGGAUGCUACUAGUCAUGGAUCCAAACUAGUACUUUCCAUGGUGGUGUGUAGUUGGAAUGGCAAAAUCGCUUCAUUAUUGUAUGCUUUCAAAGUGGUGUUUUGUCUGAAACUUGGGAAAAGGAC